AGGCCUAGUAUCUUAAUUCGCAGGUAACCUUCACUCAAAAGGUCAAAACCUUACCUCCUCCACAAGCAACAUAAACAAGCAGGGUUUCUUCAACCUCCAAAAAAACCCCCCAUCGUCUGGGGUCCGCUUUCAGAUCACUCAAAUCAACCUCAUAACCUCCAAAUUCCAUUCCAAUGGUAGACGGCUUCGAAGUAGGUGCCGUCCAUUUCAACUCCGAAGGCUGGGGUCCGCCGGACGCCACCGUCACCCCAACCACCACCUCCACACUCCCUCUCAACGUCCCCUACGCUCCCUUCUCUCGCUCCGAAAAGCUCGGCCGAAUCGCUGAUUUCACUCGCAUUCUUAACCCAGGCUCCGGUGAAGGCGGUGGUGGUGGCCGCAAAAGCGCUGCAUCCGACUCCGUCUUCGACUUCACUGCCGAUGAUUCCUUCCCCUCUGGCGCUGACAACGACUCCACUUUUCGUCUCGUUGACGGGAAGCCACCUCCAAGGCCGAAGUUUGGACCCAAGUGGCGGUUUAACCAGCACCACCGACCUCAGCUCCCGCAACGUCGCGAUGAGGAAGUAGAGGCAAAGAAGCGAGAGGCGGAGAAAGAGAGGGCACGUAGGGAUCGACUUUAUUAUCUUAACCGGUCCAACCAGAAUCAGCAACGUAGGGAAGCGGCUGUGUUUAAGAGUUCUGUGGAAAUCCAGACGGAAUGGAAUAUGCUUGAUAAGAUUCCGUUUAGCAUAUUUACGAAACUGUCCUUCUCAGUCUCAGAACCGGAGGAUAUGAUUUUAUGUGGUGGGCUAGAGUUUUACGAUAAGAGUUUUGAUAGAAUUACCCCGAAGGCGGAACGGAGAUUGGAAAGGUUUAAGAAUAGGAAUUUCUUUAAGGUAACUACUACUGAUGAUCCUGUUAUUAGAAGAUUAGCUAAUGAAGAUAAAGCUACUGUUUUUGCUACUGACAAUAUUUUAGCUACAUUAAUGUGUGCAACCCGGUCUGUUUAUUCGUGGGAUAUCGUGGUUCAAAGGGUAGGAAAUAAGUUGUUUUUUGAUAAAAGAGAUGGGUCUCAGCUUGAUUUGUUGUCAGUUCAUGAGACGUCACAGGAGCCUUUACCCGAGGCCGAGGAUGAUAUAAAUUCGGCAUAUUCAUUGAGUGUUGAGGCUGCUUAUAUUAAUCAGAACUUCUCGCAGCAAGUUUUGUUUAGGGAUGGGAAUAAGGUUUCGUUUGAUGAGCCUAACCCCUUUGCCAAUGAAGGGGAGGAGGUUGCAUCUGUGGCUUAUAGGUAUAGGAGGUGGAAGUUGGAUGAUGACAUGUAUCUUGUUGCAAGGUGUGAGGUGCAGAGUGUUGUUGAGGUUAAUAAGCAAAGGUCGUUUUUGACGUUGAAUGCUCUUAAUGAGUUUGAUCCUAAGUAUUCUGGUGUUGAUUGGAGGCAGAAGUUGGAGACUCAAAGGGGUGCUGUUUUGGCUACCGAAUUGAAGAAUAAUGCGAAUAAAUUGACUAAAUGGACUGCUCAAGCGUUGUUGGCUAAUGCAGAUAUGAUGAAGUUAGGAUAUGUUUCUAGGGUUCAUCCAAGGGAUCAUUUCAAUCAUGUGAUUUUGGCUGUUGUUGGAUAUAAGCCUAGGGACUUUGCUUCUCAGAUUAAUUUGAAUACCUCCAAUAUGUGGGGUAUUGUGAAGAGUAUUGUUGACUUGUGUAUGAAAUUGAAUGAGGGUAAGUAUGUGCUGGUGAAAGACCCAUCUAAACCACAAGUGAGGAUUUAUGAGGUUCCAGCUGAUGCUUUUGAGAAUGAUUAUGUGGAGGAGCCUUUGCCUGAGGAGGAACAAGCUCAGCCUCCUGAGGAGAAUGCCGAGAAUACAGAGGCAAAUGGGGUGACAAAUGAUGUGGAAGAUAAAGAGAUUGGUGCUCAAGUUUGAGGGUAAUGGUCUACUUUUUCUGUGAUUAGUUCAUUGUAAUUAACUGCAUUUGACAUUCAACAUAUAAAUAUGAUGAUGAUGAUGGCUUGUGGAAAUUAUACUGAAACUUCUAGGUGAUAAUCAAAUGUUAUCAUGUCUUCUAUUGUGUGAUGACCAGUUUGUUAAGUGGUCUCUGAUGUCCCUUUGCAUGAGAGGCUGAAUUAGCAUUCAGCAUUACAGUAGAUUAAGUCAUGAUUGGAGUCAAGGUCUGAUGUACUCAUAGGCAUGCAGCAAGAAAUGGAAAUUCUAUAUAUUGAUUCGAUCAACA